AUGGAGCCACAAUUAGAUGACCGGGAACCCGACAAGACGGCCGCCCCCCAGGGGUGCAUCAUGGAUAUAAAACCCCGCAAUCGUCACUUCAGAACCAUCAGUCGGUCGAGAUCAGUUCAGUACCGAAGGAGCACAAGGCUCUCAGAACACAUUCCACCAGCCGCCCACCAAGACCCUUCACGCCCACCAAGAUCCUUCACGCCCACCAAGAUCCUUCACACCCACCAAGAUCCUUCACGCCCACCAAGAUCCUUCACACCCACCAAGAUCCUUCACGCCCACCAAGAUCCUUCACACCCACCAAGAUCCUUCACGCCCACCAAGACCCUUCACGCCCACCAAGAUCCUUCACGCCCACCAAGAUCCUUCACACCCACCAAGAUCCUUCACGCCCACCAAGACCCUUCACGCCCACCAAGAUCCUUCACACCCACCAAGAUCCUUCACGCCCACCAAGAUCCUUCACGCCCACCAAGACCCUUCACGCCCACCAAGAUCCUUCACGCCCACCAAGACCCUUCACGCCCACCAAGACCCUUCACGCCCACCAAGAUCCUUCACACCCACCAAGAUCCUUCACACCCACCAAGAUCCUUCACGCCCACCAAGACCCUUCACACCCACCAAGACCCUUCGCACCCACCAAGACCCUUCACGCCCACCAAGACCCUUCACGCCCACCAAGACCCUUCACGCCCACCAAGAACCUUCACGCCCACCAAGACCCUGCUCGCCCACCAAGACCCUUCACGCCCACCAAGACCCUUCACGCCCACCAAGACCCUUCACGCCCACCAAGACCCUUCACGCCCACCAAGACCCUUCACGCCCACCAAGAUCCUUCACACCCACCAAGACCCUUCACGCCCACCAAGAUCCUUCACACCCACCAAGACCCUUCACGCCCACCAAUAUCCUUCACACCCACCAAGACCCUUCACGCCCACCAAGACCCUUCACGCCCACCAAGACCCUUCACGCCCACCAAGAUCCUUCAUGCCCACCAAUAUCCUUCACGCCCACCAAGACCCUUCACGCCCACCAAGACCCUUCACGCCCACCAAGACCCUUCACGCCCACCAAGACCCUUCACGCCCACCAAGAUCCUUCACGCCCACCAAGACCCUUCACGCCCACCAAGACCCUUCACGCCCACCAAGACCCUUCACGCCCACCAAGACCCUUCACGCCCACCAAGACCCUUCACGCCCACCAAGACCCUUCACGCCCACCAAGACCCUUCACGCCCACCAAGAUCCUUCAUGCCCACCAAUAUCCUUCACGCCCACCAAGACCCUUCACGCCCACCAAGACCCUUCACGCCCACCAAGACCCUUCACGCCCACCAAGACCCUUCACGCCCACCAAGAUCCUUCACGCCCACCAAGACCCUUCACGCCCACCAAGACCCUUCACGCCCACCAAGACCCUUCACGCCCACCAAGACCCUUCACGCCCACCAAGACCCUUCACGCCCACCAAGAUCCUUCACGCCCACCAAGAUCCUUCACGCCCACGACUAAUUCAUGCAAGAUUGUUGAGUGUAAAUCAGUUACUGAAAGAAAUAUUAUUGAAUCUUCACUUAUAUCAAGUAGUGAAUUACAUAAUAUUAGAGUAAGUCCUGAUAGCUUUAUAAUUGACAACGUCCAGGAAGCCACCUCCAUACCCCAAGACAACGUCCAGGAAGCCACCUCCAUACCCCAAGACAACGUCCAGGAAGCCACCUCCAUACCCCAAGACACCGUCCAGGAAGCCACCUCCAUACCCCAAGACACCGUCCAGGAAGCCACCUCUAUACCCCAAGACACCGUCCAGGAAGCCACCUCCAUACCCCAAGACACCGUCCAGGAAGCCACCUCCAUACCCCAAGACACCGUCCAGGAAGCCACCUCCAUACCCCAAGACACCGUCCAGGAAGCCACCUCCAUACCCCAAGACACCGUCCAGGAAGCCACCUCCAUACCCCAAGACACCGUCCAGGAAGCCACCUCCAUACCCCAAGACACCGUCCAGGAAGCCACCUCCAUACCCCAAGACACCGUCCAGGAAGCCACCUCCAUACCCCAAGACACCGUCCAGGAAGCCACCUCCAUACCCCAAGACACCGUCAGGAACCCUCCAUACCCCAAGACACCGUCCUGGAAGCCACCUCCAUACCCCAAGACAACGUCCAGGAAGCCACCUCCACCUGUAUAUUAA